AUGGCCACACAACCGCUCUACCCAGCAUAUCUGCCCACGAGGCCCGACGGCUUUCAGCCCACGCUCGAUGUGCCGUACUUCGAAGCCGAGGAGCCCGGCACGCGCGCAGACAGCUCCAAACCCUGCAUCUUUAAAUCAGGAGCCAAGGUCGAGAAUCUCACCCCCCGCAUCGGCACCGAGAUCAGGGGCCUCCAGCUGAGUCAGUUGUCCAAGACCGGCCUGGACGAGGUAGCGUUGCUCGCAGCCGAACGGGGCGUGCUUGUGUUUAGGGACCAAGACUUUGCGGAUAUUGGUUUCGAGAGACAGAAGGAGAUUGUGCGGCAUUAUGGGCCGUUACAUCAACACCCAACGAUGGGGUAUCCUGAAGGGACUGGCCCCGAGUUCCAUGUCGUCUAUGCAGACGAAAAAGCGGGUAACUUGAGGAAUCUUCUCGGUCCUCGCACCAACUACGACCUCUGGCACGUAGACCAGACAUUCACCCCAAACACCCCAUCCACCACCUUCUUCUGGGUCCUCGAGCAGCCCGCCUCAGGCGGCGGCGACACGGCAUUCACCUCGCUGACAGCCGCCUACGCCGCCCUCUCACCCGCCUACCGCAGCACCCUGCACGGCCUGCGCCUGCUGCACACCUCCGCUUCCGUGGGCGAGGUCGCGCGCGUGGGUACGGUGCGCGCCCUCAGGGAGGCCGUCUCGACCACACACCCGCUCGUGAUCAGGCAGCCGGUGACCGGCCAGCCGAGCUUGUUCGUGAACCCCACCAUCGCGCGCAGCGUCGAGGGCUUCCUGCCCGAGGAAUCAGAUGCGCUGCUAAAGUUUCUGCACGAACACAUCCGGAGCCUCGACUUUAGCUGUCGUGUGCGGUGGGAGAAGGGUUCCGUGGUGGUGUGGGACCAGAGGAGCGCUGCACAUAGCGCAGUGCCUGACUUUCGGGAUGGAGAGAGGAGGCAUAUGGUGAGGAUCAUCCCGUACGGAACGCGGCCAGAGCCUGCUUUUCGUGGAAAAGGUGUAUGA